AUUAGUAUAAAAAAUCUCAACUGUGAUAAUUGAAUUGUUUUUUCCUAACAUUUUAUUUUUCCUUUAAUAAUUGUUCAUAAAUUAAUCAUAUUUGUUUGUUUUUAAUCUAUUUCUCCAUCCCUUCAUGUUUUAAAUAGUUUUUUGUCCCAAAUUAACCGCAUUUUUGCUUCCUCGUUGGCAGAUUCCGCCAACCUGAAUCGUUUAUUAAAUCUAUGUAUUAAUAAAUUAAUUAUUUCCAAUCCACAAUCCCUUACUACAUAUUUUUACGGGUUUAUUACCGGUUAUUCACACCCAUUUGUUCCAGGCUGACACAGAAACGGCCCUUUGAUGAAAAAAAAAAAAAAGUGUGUGUAGUUCAGGGGCGAGCCAAGCCUCUAAACCAAUAGGAAGAGCGCUCUGGCGCUGGAUGGGCGGGUCUCCGUGUGGCAGCAUGUUUGUGUGCGCCGCGCUCGCGGAGAGUAACAGUAAAUCAGACAGAGCAGCUCGUUCAGCUCCAGCGGUGAAACUGUAACCCUGUCGCAAGUAUUUUUGGCUUCUGAUAGGACCGAGUGAGCUCACUGCGGUCUCUUCGCUCGGUUGAGAGUUUUUUCGGCAGGAGACACGCCGGGGCCGCUUUCACCCUCAUUUCAGCUCUAUCUUAAUUUUUAUUUUUUUUUAGAUAUAAAUAUAUAUAUAUCACUGGAAAUGUCCGAAAACAAGCCGAAUGAUGAGCCGAAGUUAUCUACGACGGACAGGGUCGUUAAAUCUGUCCCCUUCCCCCCCAGCCACCGGUUGACGGCUAAAGAGGUGUUUGACAGCGAUGGGAAGCCCAAAGUGGACGUGCUGAAAGCUCACCUCACCAAGGAGGGCCGGGUGGAGGAAUCUGUGGCCCUCAGGCUCAUAGGAGAAGGAGCCGCAAUCCUGCGUUCAGAAAAGAAUCUGCUGGACAUCGAGGCCCCUGUGACAGUGUGUGGAGACAUCCACGGGCAGUUCUUCGACCUGAUGAAGCUGUUUGAAGUGGGAGGAUCCCCAGCAUCCACGCGCUACCUUUUCUUGGGAGACUAUGUUGACAGAGGGUAUUUCAGUAUUGAAUGUGUGCUGUACCUGUGGGCCUUAAAGAUCCUUUACCCCAAAACACUGUUUUUGCUGCGUGGGAAUCAUGAAUGUCGACAUUUAACAGAGUAUUUCACAUUUAAGCAGGAAUGUAAAAUUAAGUAUUCAGAGAGGGUGUAUGACGCAUGUAUGGACGCCUUCGACUGCCUUCCUCUGGCUGCACUAAUGAACCAGCAGUUCCUGUGCGUACACGGGGGACUCUCUCCAGAAAUCACAAAUCUCGACGACAUCAGGAAACUAGACAGAUUCAAAGAGCCCCCAGCUUACGGACCCAUGUGCGACCUGCUGUGGUCCGACCCGCUGGAGGACUUUGGAAACGAGAAGAGCCAGGAGCACUUCACGCACAACACAGUGCGAGGCUGUUCCUAUUUCUAUAGCUACCCUGCAGUCUGUGACUUUCUACAACACAAUAACUUAUUAUCUAUCAUCCGGGCCCAUGAAGCACAGGAUGCUGGGUAUCGCAUGUACAGAAAGAGUCAGACCACCGGCUUCCCGUCCCUUAUCACCAUCUUUUCAGCACCUAACUACCUAGAUGUCUACAACAAUAAAGCGGCAGUGCUGAAGUACGAAAACAACGUGAUGAACAUCAGACAGUUCAACUGCUCACCUCACCCUUACUGGCUGCCCAAUUUCAUGGACGUCUUCACCUGGUCCCUGCCCUUUGUGGGGGAGAAAGUCACUGAGAUGCUGGUGAACGUACUGAGCAUUUGUUCCAAUGAUGAGCUGACGACUGACGAGGAGUUGGAUGGUGCCACAGCUUCUGCUCGCAAGGAGGUUAUUCGCAACAAGAUCCGCGCUAUUGGAAAGAUGGCCCGAGUAUUCUCUGUGCUCAGAGAGGAGAGUGAGAGCGUGCUGACGCUGAAGGGACUGACCCCGACAGGCAUGCUGCCCAGCGGCGUUCUGUCCGGCGGCAAAGAAAAGCUCCAGAACGAAACCGCAGCUACUAUUGAAGCCAUUGAGGCUGACGAAGCCAUCAAAGGCUUCUCGCCUCAGCACAAGAUCACCAGCUUUGAGGAGGCUAAGGGUUUGGACCGCAUCAAUGAGAGGAUGCCGCCGCGGCGAGACGCCAUGCCCUCCGACGCCAGCCUGAACUCGCUGAACAAGGCUCUGUCCUCAGAGACCAACGGCACAGACGCCAAGGGGAGCACCAGCGGCGGCAGCAGCAUCCAGUGAAGGCCAGAAGAGGCAGGCGCCACCUCGCCCAGGGCCCCCGGCCUCAUCACGGCCCGCCACCACAGAAAAACAAGGGUGGGGCUAGGGGGAAGAGUUAUGGCUGAAAAGUGGGGGGCAUCUUACUUGCUAGUCUUUGGAAUGCCUUCAUAACUUUAGUUCAUCGUCAAAUCGAGUUAACGCCGGGUUACAUUUGUGAAGGGCGGAGCCAAAACAGGCCCGGCUCUCACCCGCAUCAGAUUUUCAGGAAAAACGCAGACCUGGGAGGGGGUGGGGGGAGGGGUCCACUUUAGUUUAGUUUUCCUCGAUGACCCUUCGUUCAUUUACACCGAAAGUAACUUCUUACUAAAAUGACGUACGUUUACAGAAAAACAGCACUAAAAAGGACGGAACAUGAGCUCAUGUUUUUAACGUAUAAGGGUGUACAAACUACAUAAGGACUAUUUAUUGAUUUUAUGUUUUCUUUUUUUUUUUUGCUACUUUUACAAAAUAGCUCAUAAAUGAAUUAGGCAGUCUUAAUAAGAAUGUUGCAAUGUUGUGGAAAUGCCAAAUAACUGAACGUUUUAUGGUUUUGUAUAUAUUACGCUUACCUCAGGUUCUUUUGGUGUGUGCUUUGACCUGAUUUUUCUGUACAAUGGCUAAAUGAUAAUGAAUACCUAUUUUCUUGAGUUUCAUAACUGGAAUUUACACUUACCUAUCUAUCAUUUGCAAAUAUUUUUUUUUCUUUUAAAAGGGGCGGGGGGGUAGAUUUAUUGUGGCUUGCUGGAACUGAGUGUUAAUUUUUUUUCCUCUUUUUAAGUAUUGCGAACAAAGUAAAAAAAAAUAUAGAGAACCUAUAUUGUGUACGAAAAAAAGAGUACAAUAAAGUGUCUGCCUAUGCAUGUUUUAUAAAAAUCAACCAACGGGAAUAGAGGAUGGGAAUACGUUGGCUGUGGAGGGCCUGUUUUUGAGAUAUAUUGCGCUUUAGUGAACAUAUACUGGAAAACGUAUACCUGCAUACUUUCAAUUAACACCAUAAAGCUCUAUGCCUUGAAAUCCUUUUUUUGUAGUUUAAGCUUUUAAUGAUCUAAGAAGGAUGAGAAAUGAUAUUUUUAACCUGCGCUUGUAAGUGCACACAGUCCAAUUACGCAUGUUUGACAAUUCUUGUGAGGUGUGUGGUUACAUGUGGAAACUCCAAAACUGCAUGAUUAGCUGUUGGUGUCAUAUUACAGGUGAAACGGUUUUGUUUUUGUAAAUGUGCCACAGAAAACGUGUCAUUUGAUUCCUAUUAUUAUCCUAUUAUUUGGAACUCUGCUUUGUAUAUCAGUUACAGGUUUGAUACUGUUCAAUACUUUAAGAUGAAAAUGGGGAAGAAAAAAAAAAACGUCAAUCUUUUUUUAAAAAAGGAGAAAAAAAAACAGCUUUAAGUGCCCAAGUAAUUCACUACACGACAUGAAGCCUUGCUUUUUGUAAUUUAACUUCAGAACUUGUUGGCAGAUGAGGCAUGCACUUGCAACUAUGGGAAGUAUUUUAUAUAACUGUUCAAUAAAAAUGUGCAUGAAUUUCAACUUGAAA